AUGCCUAUGCCUUUAAGCGCUCUCCCCAAAGCAUUCGUUCUCACUGAUGAGCAUUCAAAGAAAGGCACAUUCCUACAUUUUUUUAAUAUACCAGAGAAUGAUUUGUAUGUAGGUCCUUUGCCACCGGUUGAUGAUUACUGUCUAGAUACCAUGAGCAUCGAGGUUCGUAAAGAAUUUUACGAGUGGUACGAUGCAUGUAAAAACGACUGCGUUUUCGAUUUUAAAAAGAAAAUACUAGAGCGUUGUGUGAGCGAUGGGACAAUACUUCGUCGCGCCUGUUUCGCAUAUAGAAUUUUUUUUUUAAAUGUGGUAAUGUUGUAUCCUUUUGCUGAAUGCACUACCAUCGCUUCUGCUUGUUCAAGAAUCUACCGCAAGAAUCUCCUUCUCCCUAAAACCAUUGGUAUUAUACCGAAUGGUGGAUACGGACGAGCUAAUAAGCAGUCUGUAAAAGCCAUUGAAUGGUUGCUAUGUGUAGAACGAGAAAUUUGGGUGGAAAUCCAACACGCAACAAGGUCUCGUGAAUUCCGUUUACUAGAGGGAGCUGUAGUUGACGGGUACUAUAUAGAUGGUGUUGGAAAGCCCCAUGUUUUGCAGUUGCAUGGCUGCUUUUGGCAUAAGUGUUUGGAUUGUUACAAGUUAAAUCGCGAUGAGAAAUGCACAUCCGGGGAUAUAAUUUAUAUGCGUCAUGAGAACACUCGCAUCACGAGUGCAAGAAUUCGAAAAGCCGGUUACGUACUGACCGAAAUUGGGGAGUGUAAAUAUGAUAAAUUAAAGAAAAAUCACCCGGUAUGA